GGCUGUGAUCACCGCCGGGGGCGGGUGCGGUUGGCCGGGGGCUGGUGUAUGGCGGCGGUGGCCCUGGUGACCGUGUCGCUGGCGCUGCUCGGCGCGGGGCUGCUGGUGGCCCGGAGGCUGCUGAGGGUGGGGCCGGGAGGGCGGCGGCGGCGGGUGACGAUGGCGAUGCCGAUGCGCGGGAAGACGGUGAUCGUGACGGGCGCCAACAGCGGGAUCGGGAAGGCGGCGGCGGGGGAGUUGGCCCGGGCCGGGGCCAGGGUGAUCCUCGCCUGCAGGGACCCCCGCGCCGCACAGGAGGCCGUGGCCGACAUCAGGCGACUCACACCGGCCGGAGAGCUGCUCCUCCGCCGCCUGGACCUGUCCUCCCUCAGCUCCGUCACCAGCUUCUGCCAACAAGUGCUGCAGGAAGAGACGAGGCUUGAUGUGCUGAUCAAUAAUGCUGGAAUCUUUCAGUGCCCUUAUAUGAAAACUGAGGAUGGUUUUGAGAUGCAGUUUGGGGUGAAUCACCUGGGACAUUUCCUGCUGACUAACCUCCUUCUUGAUCUCCUCAAAAGAUCAGCCCCAAGCAGGAUCGUAGUGGUGUCUUCCAAACUCUACAAGUAUGGUGAGAUCAACUUCGAUGAUCUGAAUAGCGAGAAGAACUAUAACAAGAGUUUUAGUUACAGCAGAAGCAAGCUGGCCAAUAUCCUGUUCACUCAUGAACUGGAUAAACGUCUGGUGGGCACUGGUGUAACUGUUAACGUGUUACAUCCAGGCAUUGUGCGCACAAACCUGGGAAGACAUAUUAAUAUCCCUAUGCUUGGAAUGCCACUCUUCAAAAUGGUUUCCUGGGCUUUCUUUAAAACUCCAUUGCAAGGAGCAGAGACACCACUUUACCUGGCUACAGCUCCUGAAGUUGAGCAAGUGUCCGGGAAGUAUUUUGGAGACUGCAAAGAGGAGGAAUUGUUGCCAAAAGCAAAGGAUGAUGCAGUUGCAAAGAAAUUGUGGGAAGUCAGUGAAAGAAUGGUGGGAUUGAUUUAAUUUGAUAACUUGAUGCCAAUAAUCCAAUGUGUUAACUUGAAUUCAGAUAUUAACUUUGUGUGAAUUGUGGUUUUAAGUGAAUAAGAACAUCUAUAUAUAUAUAAUUGUUAAAUGCAGCCAGAAAAAAACUGUUUCUUUCAAGUUGAAAAUUCCACAUCAGGAUGUAAUAAAAUAAGUGUUAACAUGAUUUACCUGACAUUGAAUGUUUUCAAGCAAAU